AUGUUAAUCGAUUCUGACAUUAAUUAUGUUAUUAUGUUAGUGGUCUGGAUAUGUAUAGCCUGUAUGGCUUCAUCACUGGCUGCGCCUGCGCCGAGUCAAUCAAUCACCUUCGAUAUCAUCGACAUGGCAGCUAUAAGCAGAAUGACGCCACAACAAUUGGAAGCUCUGGCUGAAGGAUUAGCAGCUGAAGAAAUUAUGAGAACAAAACGAUCGUCAGCUCAGGCGUUAUCGGCUGUUGUCUCAAAAGCGUCUUCAGGUAUACAGAGCAAGGUUGGUCUUCUGGGCCAAGCGUCGGCUGGUGCAGCAUCCUUUAUUGCCUCUGCAUCAAGUAAAAAUGGGCAUUCGGAACACACUGGAUACUCCUAUGAGCCGCAUGAAGAAAAGUACGACUACUGGGGUUUGAAGAAGUCAAUAUUUUACACGCUGUUCCAAGCUGUAAAGGCCAUCACUGGGGGAGUGACUAUUCUUAAAGGCCAGUUGAUCAAGGGUGGAGGUGCUCUAGCUUCUUCUCUCGGAAAAGUUAUAUCUGUCAAAGGCGAUGCGGUCAGCAACUUUGGAAAGAAAAUUGUCACCUCCGCAGCGUUAAGUGAGAAGAAACCACAUUCGACGGCAGUAUAUGGCCCUCCACCAACAUCCCACUUGGAAUAUGCCCCCACGGUGUAUGGGGCACCCACAGCGCCUGCCCAAUACACUCACUCAGCUCCGACAGGCUUCGCUGCGCAUAAGUACCCAUCACAACUAGACGGACGAGGAAAACUGAGCGGAGUUCACGCGGGACUCGUGAUAUUGACACCACUCGGUGACGCGGCCGCCAGCGAAAGCCAUCAUCCAGGAUACCCGCCUUUGGAGCCCCCAUCAAUACUAAAUUCCGUAUACUCCGCAAUAAAAGGCGUCUUUUCUUCCGCAGCUCCCACCUCCGACACCCACCUCACUCACCAGGAACCACCACUGUCACAGCCCGUCCCACCGUUUAGACCUAUGACUUGGGGAGCUGUCGACUCUUACGGCGAACCAGCAAUGGUCGAAACUUAUCCAGAUUAUGACCCCAGAACUCCAAACUCUUACGAUUACGCAUCGUCAAAGAAAUCCGUGGUAUCACCUCCCAUCCACAGUAAGGGCUUAACGCCUGAUAAAAUCCAAAAGAUUAAUAAGAACCUCGAUAAGCUUGCCGCAUAUAUGAACGAACACCAAAGAUCAGCAGAAGUUGUGCCAAAGUUCAAUGAUCAAUAUGGAGACAUGUUAAGAAAGGGUCAGAUACCCUUCCUUCCCACUCCUGUUGUAAGUGAUAACGAGAUAGGUGUUUUGCCCGCUGAAUUGCUUCCCGACGAUGAUCCUAUAACCUCUUCAUCUACGACUUCCUCAACAUCUGCUCCAAAUGUUACCUCAGAUAACAGUUCUAGAAGGAAGAAAGAUACCAAAUAUAUUCUUCGUGGGAACAAGAUCGUUGAAGUUUGA